AUGGAAGAACAGGUGUUCAAGGGGGACCCGGACACCCCUCAUUCCAUCUCCUUCUCAGGCAGCGGCUUCCUCUCCUUCUACCAGGCUGGGGCUGUGGACGCCCUGCGGGACCUGGCCCCCCGCAUGCUGGAAACCACCCAUCGCUUCGCCGGGACGUCGGCAGGCGCGGUGAUUGCAGCCUUGGUCAUCUGUGGGAUUGAGAUGGAAGAGUACCUCAGAGUCCUUAAUGUGGGCGUGGCCGAGGUGAAGAAAUACUUCCUGGGGCCCUUGGCCCCCUCCUGCAAGAUGGUGCAGAUGAUGAGGCAGUUUCUGUACCAGGCCUUGCCUGAGGACUCCUACAAGGCUGCCACUGGGAAGCUCCACGUCUGCCUCACCCGGCUCACGGAUGGAGAGAGCGUUGUGGUCUCAGAGUAUAGGUCUAAAGAAGAACUCAUCGAGGCCCUGUACUGCAGCUGCUUUGUGCCUGUGUACUGUGGUCUCAUCCCCCCGACGUACCGUGGCGUGCGGUACAUCGACGGGGGCUUCACAGGCAUGCAGCCCUGCUCCUUCUGGACUGACUCCAUCACCAUCUCCACCUUCAGCGGGCAGCAGGACAUCUGUCCCCGGGACUGCCCCGCCAUCUUCCAUGACUUCCGCAUGUUCAACUGCUCCUUCCAGUUCUCCCUGGAGAACAUCGCCAGGAUGACCCAUGCCCUGUUCCCUCCAGACCUGACGGUCCUGCACAAUUACUACUACCGAGGGUACGAAGAUGCCGUGUUGUACUUGAGGAGGCUGAAUGCAGCUUACCUUAAUUCUCCCUCCAAGAGAGUGAUUUUCCCCCGGGUGGAAGUGUACUGCCAGAUAGAACUCGCCCUUGGCAAUGACUGCCCUGAACACAGUAAGCCAAGCGGCCAAACCGAGCAGGCCAGUCUGGAAGAACCCAUACGACUUCACACACAACGGGCUCCCACAGGGGAAGGAAGCAGUGGCCAUGGUCCACCUGCGUCCCAACCUGAACAGACACCUGAAUCCACGCAUGAGUGGCCUGUGGAAUCGCCCAUUUCACCACCUGUCUCUUCAUUUGAGCAGUCACCUGCACUGCCACUGGCCUCUUCAUCAUCACAUUCUCCAACUGACUUGCCGCCUGUAUCGCUCCCAGCUGCGUCCUCACCACCCAGCUCAAUACCUGGUCUAUCACCUGUGUCACCACAGCAGCAGCUACGACCGACUGGAUCACCACCCAGAUCCCCACCCUCCUCAUCAUCUAUGUCAUUCAGGCCACGUCUGGCACCUUCAGCAGUGGGGACACCUCAAACGUUGUCCCCAUGUUCUUCAGCAUCACCUGCACAGCCACCUGUGGAGGAGCUGGUCUCAGAACAGCCCCAAGCCAUGGCCCUGUUAUUGGGGGCGGGUCCCCAAAGCAAGGGGCCUCUGGUGAAUGUAAAGGAAUUUACCAGCAAGCCGGAUGCCAUGGUGAGCCCGGCUGCAGGCUCCAACUGGGCGAGCGAGGUGUUCAAGAAGAACAAACCAAAGGCAAGCGGCACCAGGAAAGGCUUCCCAAGACGACCACGAUCCAAAAAACCAGGCAGCAAAGUGCAGUCUGCUCCCUGCCCACUUGACUUUUCUGUGCGCUCCACUUCCAAGACUGUUUGGGUCACCUCCAGGCCUCAUCCCAGUGGGAUCCAGGAAUGCAGCUGCCCUGAGGUGUAG